CAAAACUUCUUAGGUACAUAAAUGGCCACCGUGUGAGACACACUUAAAGAUGGGUGUAUUUUCAAAAAGUUUUUAACCGCCUCAAUUUGAAAGAAAAAGCAGCGAUCUCAUUCUGAUCUUGUUGCCGACACUUCCCUCCAUUCUCAGAUUAUCACAAUGAGUUUGAAUUCAUUUCGCUCCUCCUUAGCCCCUAAUUCCAAACGAGUUUCUUCCAAUCGAUCCAAUGAUAACACCAACAACAGCAAGAGGAAGAAGCAGAAGAUCGCAACAACCACCAACCAGAAAACCUUAGGCGUCGCCUGGGGAUCCAAUUCCCGAAAACCUCCCUCCUCCGAUUUCGGCAGUUAUAUGAUAGAGAAGAAUCGGAAACUACACAAUCAGUUUAACGCCGAUGCUUCCACGUCUUUGUUUAACGACUCUACCUCCGCGAAGCCUAUAUUCGCCGGAGUUUCAAUUUUUGUUGACGGUUUCACCGUUCCUUCCAGUCAGGAACUGCGAAGCUACAUGAUAAAGUAUGGUGGAAGAUUUGAGAAUUAUUUCUCAAGGCAUCGUGUAACACAUAUCAUCUGCAGCAAUCUUCCUGACAGUAAAAUUAAGAACCUCAGAUCUUUUAGUGCAGGGCUUCCGGUGGUAAAACCUACUUGGAUUUUAGAUUCUGUUGCGUCUAAUAAACUCUUGACAUGGAUGCCUUAUCAACUUGAACAGCUUUCUUCAAAUAAACAACCAAAACUGUCCACAUUCUUCUCAUCGAGAAGUAGCAAAAAUUUGGAGGAUACUUUUAUUAACUCCCUUUGUCAAGUAGAGCCAGAUGUUGAAGAUUCACUUGCUAGUGUUGGCAAAUUAGAGGAUACUUUUACUAACACCCUGUGUCAAGUAGAGCUAGACAUUGAAGAUUCACUUGCUAGUGUUGGCAAAUCAAAUGAUACUUUUACUAACAUCCCUUGUCAAGUAGAGCCAGACAUUGAAGAUUCACUUGCUAGUGUUGGCAAAUCAGAGGAUAGACAUUCACCCAAAGUUGGGGAGGCGCUUGAUUCUAGAAGGGAAACCAGUAUUGAAGCUGACGAUACUGUCCUGGAGAAUACUGAUGCAAUUGUGAUGGAAGAGCAUCUGGCUAGAGUUGGAGUUAAAUGUGAUGACGAAGAUCUAGCAGGAGGAAGCAAUGGUGCCGCUAAUGAUGAGAAAAACGUCCAAGGUGAACUUGAACCUAAUUGUCAAGAACCUUCUACAUCUGUUAGAAGCUUCUGCGCAGAUGACCAGAAUGUAAACGGAUUUCCAAGUUCUGCCUCCAUCAGGCCUUCUAAACAGUGUCAUUCAACUCUUACAGAUCCUAAUUUUGUGGAAAAUUAUUUCAAGAACUCACGGCUACACUUCAUUGGAACAUGGAGAAAUCGGUAUCGGAAGCGCUUUCCUAUCUCGUCUUCUGGGUUCAACAAUGAAAUUUCUAAUAUCAAUGCCUCUAGUAUUUCUGGGAAUUCAGUUGUUAUCCAUGUUGACAUGGAUUGCUUUUUUGUUGCAGUGGUUAUCAGGAACCACCCUGAUUUGUUGGACAAGCCUGUAGCAGUCUGCCACUCGGAUAAUUCUAAGGGAACUUCUGAAAUUUCCUCUGCAAACUACCCAGCUCGUAGUUAUGGUAUUAAGGCUGGUAUGUUUGUUCGACAUGCAAGGGCUCUUUGUCCCCACCUUGUUAUCUUUCCAUACAACUUUGAAGCUUAUGAGGAAGUAGCUGAUCAAUUUUAUAGUAUAUUGCAUCAACAUUGCAACAAAGUGCAGGCUGUAAGCUGUGAUGAAGCAUAUUUAGAUGUCACCCAUUCAAAUGUUGAAGAUCCUGAACUUUUAGCAUCAUCAAUUAGGAAAGAGAUCUAUGAGACCACUGGAUGUACAGCCAGUGUUGGCAUAGCUGGAAACAUGCUUAUGGCCCGUAUUGCUACUAGAACUGCUAAACCAAACGGUCAAUAUCAUAUAACUCCAGAAAGGGUUGAAGAUCAUUUACGUCAGCUCCCAAUUAAUGCACUUCCUGGAGUGGGGCAUGUUUUACAGGAAAAAUUGAAGAAGCAGAAUGUUCAAACAUGCGCCCAAUUGAUGAUGAUUUCCAAGGUCUCACUGCAGAAGGACUAUGGAAUGAAAACUGGAGAAAUGCUGUGGAAUUAUAGCAGAGGAAUUGAUAACCGGCUGGUUGGAGAUUUUCAGGAAUGUAAGUCUAUUGGGGCUGAUGUAAAUUGGGGUGUGAGGUUCAAAGAUAUGAAAGAUUGUGAGAACUUCCUCACAAACCUUUGCAAGGAGGUUUCAUUAAGAUUGCAAAGUUCUGGCAUGCAAGGGCGCACAUUCUCUCUCAAGAUCAAAAAGAGAAAAAAAGAUGCCGAUGAACCUGUGAAGUUUAUGGGCUGUGGAGACUGUGAAAAUUUGAGUCGCUCAGAAACGAUUCCUGUUGCCACUGAUAAUGUGGAAGUACUCCAAAGGAUAGCGAAACAGCUUUUUGGAAAUUUUUACAUAGAUGUCAAGCAGAUCCGAGGUAUUGGCUUGCAUGUUUCCAGACUUGAAAGCAGCGAGACAUCUAAGCAAGGUGCAGAAAAAUAUAAUUUGAAAUCAUGGUUCACUCCAGGACCUGCAAGUAUGGAUAAACGGAAACAUCCUACGGGUCUUGACAAGAAGAACGCGGAUGGCCCUUCUGUUCAUGAAUGUGGAAAUUUGCCAGGGUCUUCAGUUCCAAUGGAAAAUAACAUACAAGAUAACCAAGCUAGAGCUGACGUGACUUUAACAACACCUCCUUUGGAUUUCCUUGAUAUGGAAGUUAUGAAAAAUCUUCCCCCAGAAUUAUUUUCAGAAUUCAAUAAAGUUUAUGGAGGGAAGUUAGCUGAUUAUAUUACUAAAGGGAAAGGUAUAAGUGAGAAUUCUAGCGCUUUACGAAACUCUCUGGCAGCAAUAAAAAAGAAAGAGGAGCUUUUGGAUGUCGAGCCGAUUCUUCAAAAAAAGCCAUUAUCUGAGAUCGAGGCAAUGCAACAUGAGGCAGAAGGAGGUGAAGUUGUACCUGAUUCAGUGUCGGAACCCUCUUUUAACGUCACUCACAAAUCAAGUUUUGAAAAAGAGGAUUUAUUGCCUGCUUCGUUAAGUCAACUUGACGGCUCUGUGUUACAAGAAUUGCCCGAGGAUUUGAAAGCAGACAUUGUUCUGCAGCUUCCUGCACACAGGAAACAAGAGAUUUGCUCCAAUGUUGCUGUGGUCCCUCCUAGUGAAAACUAUCAGGUGUCAACAGGUGUCAACGAUUCUGAGAAUCUUGGAUCAAAGCAUGCUCUGAAUGAAUGUCUUUGGGCUGGGAAUCCUCCAAAAUGGGUGGAGGAGUUCAAAAUCAGCAGUUGCUUAAUAUUAAAGAAACUUGCUGAAGUUUAUUAUAAAUCUGGGUUGACUAGCACCUUAUCAUCAGUUUUACACCAGAUUAUAUCUGAAUUCCACCAGCUAAAUCUAGUCCAUCACAUUUCCGAUGACUCUGUUAACAUCACAUGUGAGCUACUGAAGCAGUAUAUCAAAGUGAAGAUAGGAAAAGAUAUUGAGGAGAUUUAUAUUUGUUUUCGGCUUUUGAAAAGGUUUGCAGCAGCAUCAGAAUUUUUCCUACAAGUGUAUAAUAGCGUAUUUCCAUACCUUCAGGUAUACCUUAUCAACCAAACAAGACAUCAUGAAAAUAGGGUGGAAAUCAGGAGGGGUGUAUGGUAGCUCUUGGAAUGUUUUAAUAGGAUGAAGUCUAGUGAUGGUCUGGUGGUUUGUACUUGGAAAAAUGUAUCUUUUAAUGGAAAUGGUAUUUGGUAGUCUUAGUUAUAGUCUUUUUUAGUGCAGGACUUACUCUUUUGGAAAUAAAAUAAAUGUAUCUAUUCUAAUUAAAGAACAAUUGGUCUAUGUGAGCACAAAAAAAUUACAAAAGACAGGCAGGCGGAUAAGGGCUCCUUAUCUUUUCAUCAAUACAUAUUGAAUUAACUCUGAUUUAAAUUAUGUAGGAAGCUGUUGAUGACAAUUAUGGAGGGAGUUUGUUUAUAACCUAGUAACACUCAGAUAGUCAGUCUUAUUCUACUAUGGGAUAUUGAGAAAAAAAUCUCUGGUUUCUAUGUGAGCCUAUGUGGUCAUCUCACAAACCAACAGAUCUAUCGACCAUGAUGUCUUGCAGAGUAUGUUUUACUUUAAUGUGAUGGCUCAACAUUUUCUGCUGUAACAACCUGAUGAUUUGAAAAUUAGAGAGAGAAGAUAAGAUAAAACAGGGUUGAGAUUGAUGCGAUAACACUUGCUUAGUUAUUGAAUCGGACAUCAUUAUUUUAGUUACAGCUGGGAAGAGGGCAGAUUUGGUCUUGAAGAAUCAUAAUAAGCUGCUUGUAUAAUUCAGUGCUGCUUUGCAGCAAAAUAAAAAAAGGUAAUUUUUCAGCAUGAUAUGAUGAGUAGCAGCUUUGGUUUGGCAGGUAUUAUGCUUGGCAACGGGCAACAAGAUGGAGAUGGACAUGGAAAUGCAGAUACCCGACCUACUAAACUUAUAUUACACAUGCACAUAGUUCGAGCCUGGGAAUUUUAUGAAGCUGCCUGUGUUGCUGCCUUCCAUGUCCUUGCAGCAAUCAGCAUGACUUCAUGAGUCCAAUACCAAGGGAUUAAUUUUAUGUAUGUAACACCAUUAUUUUGGACAUAGACAUGGUUUGUCACAGUGAAUGGAUGAGGACUGGAACUGAUCUAUUAAUUGAGAUAUAUGGUGACCAUUUAUAGUCUUUCAGUCAAAUUAAGGCUCACUUGCUAGUAAGCACUAGGCAUCAACACUGGAUCUCAGACUCCUCGGAAUAACUUUUUGCCAUUGCUCAUUGUAAUUUGCAACAAUCAGGUUGGAAGAAUUGUAUAGGGAUUUGACACUCUAAAUAGAAUAUUAUUAAAUUUGGCUUGACCUUAUAGUCAAUUUAUUGGUUGUUGAUGACAAUUUGGCUAGUUAUUUUACUGAUUAAGGACUUUGUAUAACUUGGGAAUAAGGAUCAUGGAAAGUCAAUUAUUUAUGGUAAUGAAACCAUUGAGCA